UAAUAUGACCUCCUACAAUAGAGUGGUUGCACGUGACGUCACAGAUCGGCUGUCCGCCAUUUUGGAGACAACGGUUCUUUGUUUUCAAUAGUCGAAGCGUGUUAUACGAACAGCGAUACAAUGCCUAAGGUGAAGGGGAACUAUUGUAAUGUUGAGGGAUGUCACAAUCGAUCACAAACAGACAAAGAAAAUAAGAAACAUUACUACAGACUACCAGCUGUUAUUAGAAACCAAGGGAAAGAAUGUGAAAAUCUCAGCUCUGACCGACGACGAUUGUGGCUUUCAAAGUUGAACCAGAACAUGGACGGCAAAAAUUUAUCAAAUGUUCGCAUUUGUUCAGAACAUUUUAUAAAUAAAAAAAAGGCUGAAUUGUACCAAAAAAACAGUCCAGACUGGAUACCAACAGUUGAUAUGUCGAAAGCAGCAACGGAAAAACCAGAUUCAAAGUCACCUGCUGCUAACAAACGGUACCAGAGAAAAGUUGACAGAGCAGAGAAAUGUGAUGCAGCUAACACUUUGCUAGAACUAAACACAAUGUUUGAAACAGAUGCACAUGAUGAUUCAGAUUGUGUUUCGGAUGCUGAAACAGGUACUGCUAUUCAGACCGAUAUUGACCAGCCACUCUUUUCAGCCAUGCAUGAAGAAUUACAGUCACUUAGGACUGAAAAUGUAACAUUAAGUCGACAAAUCUGUAGUGCAUCAUCACAGUUCAAGGUAUUUGAAUUCGAAGGAGAUGAUGAAAAAGUCAAGUACUUUACAGGCCUGCCGAAAUUUACACUGUUAAUUUCCAUUUUCCAUUUCUUGGAAUCAUGUUUGCCAAUGAAGCAGUCUUUGGAUAAAUUUCAGAUUUUGAUCUUAUGUUUAAUGCGUUUACGAUUGAAUUUGUCUUUACAGUUAUUGGCCUAUCAGUUUAAUGUGUCACAAAGCACAGUUGCUAGAUACUUUGCAGAAACAAUUUCUGUGAUGUACAUAAAAAUGAAAUUUUUAUUGAUAGACCUUCAAAUGUACUAGCAAGAGCCCAAACCUGGUCGAGCUAUAAACAUCAUAACACUGCAAAAUAUUUAAUUGGCAUCACCCCACAAGGGUCCAUAUCAUUCAUAUCAUUAGGAUGGGGAUGUCGUGUAAGCGAUAAAUAUAUCACUGAAAACUGUUCCUUUCUGUCACAUGUUUUGCCUGGUGACAUCAUUAUGGCAGAUCGAGGUUUUGAUAUAUCUGACACACUAGGGAGUGUAUGUGCUGAAGCACGAAUACCAGCAUUCACAAAAGGAAAAAGCCAACUGUCACCACUAGAUGUUGAAAGUACCCGGAAACUGGCCAGUAAUCGAAUACAUGUGGAACGUGUAAUUGGAAUGGUUCGCCAAAAAUACACCAUUCUUAGUGCUACACUUCCAAUUGAAUUUCUGAUCACUAAAGAAGGAGAAAGAGUUGCCCAGUUAGACAAAAUGGUUCACAUAUGCUGUGCUCUUGUAAACUUGUGUCCAUCAGUUGUAGAUUUUAACUGAGUAUAUGAACAGACAUAGACUAUAACAUUACAAGUGACCGACAUACCAUAUUUGUGAAAAACUAUGUACAUGUCUGUAGUAAUUUAUAACAUUUAUUUGUAAAAUAUAUGUAAUCUGAUAAAUAAGUCAUAUUUACUAUUGUACAUAUUUUAUGCCAUUAGACAUUGUUAUUAUGCUUUAGAUAUAUAUGAUUAUGAAUAUUGUCCAAUGCCCAUCUUGUUUAGGAGAGCACUUAUAUAGGCUCUGCCUGUUGUGCAAUCCUUUUGAUUCUUUUUUGAUCAAUAAAAUAUCUCAAAACAAAACAAAUUUACUGUCAAAUGUUCCAUGACGUUUUCACUGAAACAGGGUUCGAAACUGACAUGGAGCAAUAUGCAAUAACCAC